AUGGGUUGGUUUUGGGCAGAUCCGCAGGCAAAGUCAACGCCUGUGGCACCAAAUCCUCUGGCAUCCUCUGAUGCGUCCCCUCCACCAGGAUGUCCCAUGCAUGCUUCCAACGCUCCUCCAGCCUUGUCUUCGCCGUCUGCUCGGUCUGAUACUUCCAGCUCCUGCCCUGUUCGAUCCCCAGACUCUCCAUUCUAUGUGCAGCCGAAAACUACCGUGACGGACUCUCCUCGGCCUCCCGCUCCCGAAACCAGAUCGACUUUGUCAAAACUGAAUCCUCUUAACUACAUGUUCUCCUCGAUUUCUCAAGAGCGAGCACCGAAUCAGACCGUAGACCUGCCGGUGGAACGAGAGCCUUCCUCCAUACCUAGAGGCGAUGCAGACGGCAACUGGGAGUACCCCUCCCCCCAGCAAAUGUACAACGCUAUGCUCCGUAAAGGUUACACCGACACGCCACAGGAUGCUGUCGAAGCCAUGGUAGCGGUCCACAAUUUCCUGAAUGAAGGUGCCUGGGCUGAAAUAGUUGGAUGGGAGCGCCUCUUUGCUAAGGGCCUGGGACAAGCGUGGGAAAAGUGCCGAAAGGGAGAGCAAGGCAUUGCCCUGGAAGCAAUGAAGCAGGAGAUGACCGGAAACGUCGAUCCAGCCAGUGAACCUCGACUCCUCAGGUUCAAGGGUCGGCCACAAGAGCUUACCCCCAAGGCGCAGAUCCUUCAAGCUUUAGGUUGGCUGUAUCCUGCCAAGUUUGGAACAAGUCCACCUUUUGAUCGCCACGAUUGGUUUGUGCUCCGACAGACGCCAUCUGGGCCCAAAGAAGUCCGCUACGUGAUUGAUUACUAUUCCGGCCCCCCCGAGCCAACUGGUGAGCCAGUGUUCUAUCUCGACAUCAGGCCAGCCUUGGACACCCCAACGGCGGCCGUUGAGCGUCUAAUGAGAUGGGGCGGCGACGUCUGGUACAGAGCUAGCGGCGGUGCCGUGCGAGAGAACAAUAAUUCGUAA